GUUGAUACGAAUCAUGAUUUACGAAUAGAUAGCCAAGACAGAAGCCUAGAAUGUGCGUGAAACCAGUAAGUGGUGGUUAUUUCGCGUAGAAACGCAGCAUUUAAUGGCCUAAAGCUGUCGGUUCACCGGGAACGCGAGUGCGGUGCGGCAGAGAACGAAACCAGCCUAGCCAGCAGUGGUGAGCUACAGAAGUGGUUUCAGGAGUGUGCAAGGAACGAGACGCGAAAGAAAGUUGACUGCCGUGUGGCCCAGAACAGGGCACGGAGAAGGGGAACCGAUCGGGAUAACAGAUAAAAUUAUGCCAUGCCCUUAAGCUUCAACACUAAUUGACCCAUUCCUACCCAUGAGGAAACCCACUAAACGCCUCGGAUGGACCCGUAACAAUCUUGCAAAGCCGCUUCCUCCAAGACAUUAGGACGAUCCAACCAACGCCAACCGUCGAAAAGACCAUAACUGGGCUCCUUCCUGGAACGGAUGUGCGCAACAGAAUCGUCACAAUACCAUUAGCUGAACAAUAGCCCGAUUUGAAAGACAAUUUUUAAAUUCCUUCACUUGACACAUCGGUUGCAUCACGUCCGGGCCUAGAGACACGAAGCUACGUGUCUAGUGGGCCCAUACCCGUCGAUGUGGUUCCGGUGUGAUCCUGCUGCAGCGUAGCCCUUUUUUCUGCUGAGAGCUUGUGCUUUUUUUUUUCCUAAAUCGUUCCGGAUUUAUCGAAACCGUACCCCGACGUACCCAACCACCAGACCAGUACGGUCUGGUGUGCUUUGCCACCAAGCUGGAUUUACUGCGUUGGCUAACAUGCUUGGUGGGCGCGCUGGUGCUUGUGCUGACCGAAGCGGUCGCACUGCACCAGCUCGAUGCGUCCGAAGCCGGCCCGGAUGGGUCAUCGCUUUCCGAGAACGGCAAGACAGCAAUUAGCGGCCCAACGAAUGGCGGUCACACCGGCGGACACCAUCACCACCGGCAACCGGAAACCACCGGGACCGGUGAGGUGGCAAUCGUUGCCGAGGAGGAGGAAACCGUUGUACCGCAAGUGUCGCGCAGCAUCAGUGCAAGCCACGGACGGGCUUACGAGCGUACAAACGGACAAGGUAACGGGUCCGGUACGGCCGGUCGCAACGGUCACAACGCUAGCAGCAACGGCAGCAACGGUAAUGCAGUAGGCAGUAGCGGUAGCGGUGGCAAUAGCGAAUCGACCUCCUUCCGUGCGCCGAAGAAAGCACCACAGGAAGGGAACGGUGUUGUGCAUCACGACAAUGGGCACACGAUCCGGAUGCUGAUCGACUGGAACUGGCCGAAGUGCUUUAGCUUCGAGCCGAAGGAGCACCUGUACUACCACAUCGGGCAUGCUCUGUUUCUGGUGGCCUUUCUUGCACCGAACAUCCCGUGCGGGUUUCUCUGGCUGCGCUGUGCGGCCAUCGCCGGCUGUAUAUUGAUGGUGCUGUGGGGUUGGUUCGUUGCCUGCAGCCUGGACGCGGUCGUCUGGUUCGGUGCGUUCCUGCUCGUGAACGCUGUCUACGUGGUGGUGCUGCUCUGCAGGUUGCGUCCGGUUAAGUUCGAGAAGGAGAUUGAAUCGGUGUACGUUGCCUUGUUUAAGCCGCUGCGCGUGUCGCGCCAUCAGUUCAAGAAGGUGCUGAACUGCAUGAAGAUCGUGCGGCCGCUGAAGUACCAGGAAAUCUACGUGCAGGAGAAAAUAACCAAAGUCGACAGUUUGUCCCUUGUGCUGUCGGGAAAAUUAGUAGUUUCACAGAAUCAAAAAGCGCUUCAUAUAGUAUUCCCUCAUCAGUUUCUCGAUUCACCCGAAUGGUUCGGUGUCUCUACCGAUGACUUUUUUCAGGUGUCGAUCAUGGCGAUGGAAGAGUCGCGCGUACUCAUCUGGCACCGGGAUAAGCUGAAGCUGUCGAUCAUGGCGGAACCGUUCCUGCAGGCCGUGUUCGAUCACAUUCUCGGGCGUGAUGUGGUGAAGAAGCUGAUGCAGGUUACGCAGGUCAGCGAAACGAUGGCGCAAAGCAAUGGGUGUAUUGCGUCAGGUUAUGGCGACGAUUCGGAAGAUAAACCGAUGCUGGUGAUGAAGAGCAAAGCUUCCGAUAAUGGUGGGCAUGGCCUGACGGCCUUGAUCAAUCGCCAGCUGCAAGCUCUCCCACGGAUCUCGAAGUAUUAUUACUGUGUAGCAACCGAUCAUAAUGCCUGGCGGCUGGGACGAAUCGACGAAACCGACCACGAAACGGCGGUAUAGGAGUCCGGGACCAUUACGGAUGGUAGGACUCCCUGUUUCACCAGCAUCGCGUACCCCGGACGGUGAGAAUGAGGCCGGUGCUGCUGACAGAGAGAGAGAGCUAGAGAGAAGUGCACAACACUUUCAACACAACCAAUUUUGUGAUACUAUAAAUGUUAUUAUCUGUAAGACGCGCCUGUCUGAUGAUGGUGGAGACUAAAGGUUAAAAAAAUGGGAACGAUAGUGUAAAAGAUUAUUACAAAAAGGAAAAUGAAGAUCUCGUAAGGAAUUGUUGGAUAGUGAAUGGUUUUAGGAUUUGACACUGUUGACGGAUGAGACUUUGCGAGACUAGCAUUUAAGCAGCUUCAGGUUAAAUCACUGGCUAGAGAAUGAAAGAGAGAGAUAAAGAUAUGUAGGAUACGGCAUAUAACAUAAUGAAAAAUCCGAUAAACUUCAUCCCUGUACGGUGGAUCGGCGAAGUUUAAGGCCCAGCUACAACAGACCGUCAUUGUCUUUCUCCCUUGGUCUUCGUUCCGUUUCAGUUCAGCAUAUACUAUCGCUCACACCUUCUCAUUCCAUUUUUUUGUUUUUUUGGAUAGUAUUUUUGAAUUUUAAAUACUACAAAAACACACACACACACACAUACAAAGAAAUAAUCAUUUUUACUCCAAAAAAAGGGUAACAAACAAAAUCCAACCAACCAAUUACUACAAUCUCUAUUACGUAAACUUAAUACAAUUUUAAAUGACAAUACUAUUAACGACGCGUUCGUCUUGUGAUUGUUUUCCAAACUCUACUCUUGAUUAAACGAAUAUAUUUAAACGAAACAAAACCAAAAUCGUAUAUACACGUGAUGAGGCGUAAGCUGCGAGGGCAUUGUGCGAAAAGGGUACGCUAGAAAGCGAAGUGUUGUUAGUAGAGUAGGGUUGGAUCUUUCGCCUGAUAUGUUGGAUGCAUGUUUAGUGGGUCGCGUCGAUGUGUGUACUGAUAGGAGCUAAGUUUUCAAUUUUUGCAAUCGCUUGCCUUACGAAUACUAUCGAAUAAUACAGACAACAAGAACAGACAACAAUACUCAUUCUAGUCUUCUGCUACGUUAGGGCUACUGUCUAUCCUUAGUUAUAGCCGUACUGUAGUAGCAUCGCGGAUGGAUGAGCCGUGUGCAACAGCGGUAACAAUACCGAGCCUGUUGCACAAUUGCAUACAUUGAGGAGCACUUGUGGGCCUGAGCGGUUUACAAGGUAUGCAAUGCACGCACGCACAUCUUUAAGGAGGUUAUCAUCCGGAAGCUGAGCUCGACUGGUUACCUUUAGGCAGAAUCGAGCUCUAGUAGUGUCCUGGUUGAUAGCCUGAUACACUGAUACCAUAUUCUAUAGCCACACCUUUAUUUUUUUAUUACUCAAAAAUUACGUAAAACUUUUUUCUUACAAACUUUUUCAAUGGGUUUUAAUGGAGUUUUUUUUUAAAUUAAUAAGCUUAAAAAAUUAGAAAAUAUUUAGAUAAAAAAAAUUAUUUUCUUGGAAUUUAUGCAAAUAUUGAACUAAUAUCUGUAGCCGUACUAAAAGUUUUUGGACUAGCUGAAAUUAUUAUAAAGGAUAAGUUUAAAACGCUAUUUAUUAGUUAAAUGGUAUUAAUUUGGUUUAUUUUAGUACACGCUAUAGAAAUUUAAAUAUUUCAAUUUCCCUCAAACCGUCACACAACCAAAAUUUAUAGAAAAAUGUUUUAAAUGUUGUUUCGGGUCUUUUCUAGGAAAUUAACUUUGACUGUUUAUAAAGAUCUUUUUAUCCCCGCAUAAGAUCGUCUUCAAUUGAGAAAGAAGCAUUUAAACAGUAGGCAAUUAUUGUUUGUCCCGAAAAUGCAAAAAAACUAUCCACUUGGUGGUCUUUUUUUAUAAAAAGGUGUCAAGCCGUAAUACUGAAAAUAUAACUGAAUGUCCCUUUUUUCUUGACAAACAGUCUGGCCUGGCCGUAUUGCUAUUUACAAGAUGUCUUACAUGUAUACAUCUUCAAAUGAUACAAGUACGAAUCAUAGUCAAACUUUUCGUGCUUAUUCAAUCUCGGUCUAAUAAUGUUCCUAUUUGUACGGUAAUUCGGUGUGUUACGUUAUUUUCUCUUUAUAAAAUAAUGUUUAGCUGUAAUUUUAAGAGGGCCCUAAAUAAGGCCGUCCUUAAUGAAUAAAAAAAAUCCGGGGUUGAAAUCUCAUGGGGGCUAUUUUCCCAUAAUGAAUUCUUGGCUAUCCAACAAUCAAUAAGUCUAGUAUGCCAGGCCUAAGAGAUCGUAACUUUAGUAGACUUUUUAGUGGAAUUUGAGGACGCUUAAAACAAUUAUAUAUUUUUAAUGGUAAAUUUUAAUCUUUUUCAUUGAAUCCUUCGUUUCUGAGAUUUAUUUAAUUCUUUUAGUGUCAAUUUGGUGAUUUGUUAAGUUUCCCGGCGAUAUAAGAUCUGGAUUCGCCUACCUUGUCAUAUUUUUUUCUUCAACCGGUCUUGUCGGUUUUCACUUUUAAAACGUAUUUAAAAAUAUAAAAAAAUAUUAUGAAAUUAUUUGUUAAGUACGUCCAUAGACAUUGUUUGCUCGAAAAUCGAAAAAAAUAUUUAAAAAAAAACAAUGCAAUAUUGUGUACAUUUAUGGUGCAACUGUAGGAAUUGGUAUCAGUGUAGUGUUAACAACUCCGAGUGAUUGUGCAAUUGUGCAUACAUUGAGGAGCAUUUUUUCAGCUUCAGGGCGGCUCACAAAGUAUGCAAUCGGCGGCUAUCAUCUGGAUCGCUUAAUCUAGCCUCUGUAUGCCGCUUGACCGUGUGCAGCCUUUCACAAACCGGUGCUCAAAACGCGAUCUGUCAGUGUUUGAGUACGCGUACUCGCCUGCACCCGUCACGUGCAUGUGUGCUUUAAGGAUUCCCGUAGCCCACUUACUCACACGCCCCUAAAAAAACCAUAAUUUCCCUGCUGGCCAAUCAGCUCUACCCGGUCCUAUCCGGCCAAAUCGAGAUAGGCUUGUUAGUGGUGGUUAAAUUGACCGUGUUUAGUGUAGUGCAGCCAGGUGACAUUUAGAGCAAAAGAACAAACCAAGCAAACAAACAAAAAAACUACACUGGAUCGUGUGUAUGUGUCUCUGUGUGUGACAUUCGAUGUGCAUGUGUUUUAUUUGAACGUUAUAUUGUGAAGGAAGGAAAAAAAAUCACACAAAGCAGGUUAACGUACGGUGCGCACUGUUCUACGGAGCAGUUGUUUUAAAACAAAACCCCAUAUGAAUAGAUAUAUACAAUAAUUAUAGAUAUAUAUACAUAUAAUAUAUAAAGUAUAAAUAUAUUUUCCCCUUCCUAACCUCUAGACGUUCACACAGGUCGGGCACGUCAAAAUACGUUACAAUUCGUUUUCUUCAUUUUCUAACGGAAUGACAGCAAAAUGACAGUGUUAGUGUUAGUGUACACGGUGCAUUGUAUACUUACGGUACAGAAACCGUCUACUUGCGCCUAAAGUUAGGCACGGUGUAUAACCACGAACCCAGUUCGAUCGCCGACUUCGUUCUCCUUUGAUCACUUUGAUCCCUUCUGAUGCUUACGUUCCAUCCGUUUUCCUAGUGAAGCCCAAAUUUUUCUCCCAUUUUUCUUGUUACCCUGUUACGCAGACGAAAGUAGAUGAUCGUAUAGUUAUACAAAAAUUUAGGCAAAACUAAAACAAAUGAGGACAGCAAAACAAGGAACAAGAAAAUCAGUUAAAAUUUCAACCAAACAAUGUGAUGUCCUCGAAUGCUCGGAAUGACUCCGGCAAUGGAAAUGAUACCUGUGGCGGAAUUGUUUCUCCCAAAUAAAAAAAAAACUUUUUCCCGGUUUAGAUAGGACAAAAUAAUCAUCCGGCGAUUAUGCCAACACGAUGAGAUGGAACAGGGAAGACCGGAAACCAAAACUCAUCUCAGAAAAAAAACAUGACGUAAAACGGGGAACUCCUGAACACUCCUCGGAACGGUAAAACUAGGGCGAGAAAAUUAAAUAACUUACGCAAAUCCCUCGCAAACCGCAGUAUCUGAUGAAAGUGUCAAUGAUUUUGACAAACACUCUAAAGUUAAAUAGUUCAGUGUGGGCGCAAACGGUGAAACCACAAAAGGUCGCGUGAUUUGAAAAAUUGAGAAGAAUUAACGAAAAGCAGAAAAAAAACUAAAAACCCAACAAAAAAAAACGUUGCAUUUACACACAAUUAACACAAUUUAGUGAAAAGAAAGGUGUAUGAUACAAUCUAGACAAUUUUAAUGCCACUUAGCCCGGGGACCUGUCCCGGGGUAUUUGGGCAGAUAACCGGCGUGUAGGUUGACAGAUAUUUGAUAAAAAGCAGAGUAAAAAAAUCCAACAAACUAACACAUAGACACAUACAACAGCAACAGGAAACGGAAGAAACAGUGAAAUAGAAUCAGUAACUAUUGGGAUAUGUUGUUGUA